AUGGCUAGAGGACGCGGAAAGGGUGGCAGAGGCGGCCGCGGCGGCCGUGGCGGUGGUGGGCGCGGAGGUUACGCGAGCCGCAGAGGCAACUACGCCGACGUCGAGAAGAAGAACGAAAACUUCGAGAAGUACUACAACGAGCUCAACAUCGUACCGGAGGAGGAGCGCGAGCACUUCUGGGCCGCUCUGAAGAGGGAACUGCCCAACAGUUUCCGCUUCACCGGCUCCAAGGGCCAUGCGCUCUCGGUUCAGCAGCGCCUCGUCGACCACUACAUUCCCCAAAUCACAAACGUCGAGUACGAUGGACAAUUGGUCCCUCCGCCCACGCCAAUUGAGUGGUUCCCCGAAAAGUUGGCUUGGCAGAUGACUACUCCCAAGAACGUCAUUCGCAAGUUCCCUCCCUUCGCUUCCUUCCAAAAGUUCCUCGUCUCCGAAACCACCGUCGGCAACAUCAGCAGACAGGAAAUUGUUUCCAUGAUACCGCCCCUCCUUAUAGACAUCAAGCCCGGGAUGACAGUUUUGGAUCUCUGUGCUGCGCCGGGUAGCAAGUCGGCGCAGUUGAUUGAAGCUAUCCACGGUGGAGAGGAAGCGCGCGUCCGCAAGGUAUUGCACAAGGUUGCUGGUGAAGAGGGCCGUGAGUUAAGCCCUGAUGGUGCCGAGAUCGAAGCCGAGAAGUCGUUGGUCGAGUCUGAGGAUGACUGGUCGGACGACGGAAGAGCGACCGGUUUGCUCAUCGCCAAUGAUGUUGACUAUAGGCGCGCUCAGAUGCUGGUUCACCAAGUCAAGCGCCUAAACUCCCCCAAUUUGCUUGUGACGAAUCACGAUGCCACUCUUUUCCCCUCUAUCCGGGUUUCAUCCAAGCCAGGAGAACCAGCCAACAAAUAUCUCAAGUUUGACCGUAUUCUGGCUGACGUGCCUUGCUCUGGCGAUGGCACUGCCCGCAAGAACCCAAACAUCUGGAAAGACUGGAUCCCCGGUAAUGGUCUUGGGCUCUACGUGACUCAAGUUCGCAUUCUCGUUCGCGCUCUGCAGAUGCUCAAGGUCGGUGGCCGUGUUGUUUACUCCACUUGCAGUAUGAACCCUGUCGAGAACGAGGCUGUUGUAGCAAGCGCCAUCGACCGCUGCGGUGGCAUGUCGAAGGUUCGUAUCGUCGACUGCAGCAAUGAGUUGCCCGGCCUCAAGAGGAUACCAGGUUUGGCGCAAUGGAAGAUUAUGGACAAGGCCGGCCGCAUGUUUGGUUCUUGGGAGGAAGUUGAAGCCGAAAGACAGAAGCAAGGAGAAGAAGGCUUGGGACGCCUAGUUGAGGGCAUGUUCCCACCCCAGGUGACCGACAAUGAUGCUGAACGCAUACCUCUUGAUCGUUGCAUGAGGGUCUACCCUCAUCUCCAGGACACUGGCGGCUUUUUCAUUACUGUCAUCGAGAAGUUGUCGGAGAUCAAGGCUCGUCCUGAGACACAGGCCGGAGGAAAGCAAACUGUCCCUCCCGCGCCCAUUACCAAUCUUGUCAACGAAAUUGAGUCCAAGGCAGACAAGGGCGAGCCACUACGGGGCCUCGAGUCGUUGGAUGAGAUGAUGCCUGCCAAGAAAGAUGAGGAUGUGCCGAUGGCUGAGGGCACUGAUCCUCCUGUUGCCCGACAGAACCAGUCGAAUGCCGUCCUGCCCGCAUCGCCUACCAAGCGUAGUCUGGAGGAAGUAGACGAUGCUGCCGAUGAGGAUUCUUCUGCAAAACGCCCCAAGAUUGAGGUCAAGGAGCACACCGAAGCUCCGCCGGCAGUUCCUGAAAGGGUUCCCGUUGCGACUGGUUCUGUUUCCGAAUUAGCCAAGCCUGCGGAACAAACUGGAAAGAAAAAGAACAGUCAGCAGCACGAAGAGCCCUUCAAGUACCUUGACCCCAAUCACGACGCCUUGAACAGUAUUUUCGGAUUCUACGAGAUCGCUGGCCGGUUCCCGCGUGACCGUUUCAUGGUCAGAAACGCCACAGGAGAGCCAGCUAAAGCUAUCUAUUAUACCUCGACCCUGGCGCGCGAGAUCUUGACACUCAAUGAGGGCAAGGGUAUGAAGUUCGUUCACUGCGGUGUCAAGAUGUUCAUGAAACAAGAUGCGCAAGGACAAGACAUUUGCAGAUGGCGCAUACAAUCCGAAGGUCUGCCCAUCGUUGAGCCGUGGGUUGGCGAGGGUAGAGUUGUCCGGUUGUACAAGCGGGCUACGCUCCACAAGUUACUGAUUGAAAUGUUCCCUAAAGUUGCCGGUGACGGCUGGGAGUCUUUGGGUGAAAUAGGAGAGAGGGUAAGGGAUAUUUCAAUGGGUUGCUGUGUUCUCAGGGUGGAGAACAGUGAACAUGAAGACGGUUUCAAGGAACGUCUCGUUUUGCCCUUGUGGCGGAGCAUGUCAUCAUUGAACUUGAUGCUACCAAAGGAAGAGCGGAGGGCUAUGCUUCUGCGUCUCUAUAACGACGAUUCUCCCCUCAUCGACCACCACCAAAAGGCCGAACAAGCGGCUGCUAGUCGUGCGGAAUCCCCAGUAACGGCUGCUCUGGACGAUGCGGCCCCUCUCGCUGACGAAGAGCCGGAAACCUUUGAGGACCAGAGUGGCGGCGUGGCGCUCAACACAGAUAUGGACCCUGAUAUUGAGGAGACUACGACCGGCGUCGGCUCUACGGGUCUACCUGACGAGAACCAAGCUAUGAUUGCCGAGGACAUGCUGAGAGCCAGCAAGCAAAACGAAGAAGACAACAAACGCGAAACGGCAACCGGAGAAGUUGUGGCGCCGGAAGAUGACAUGAUGAACAAGAAUUCCUUUUAAAGAGAAUAGCCAGACGAGCAAAAAAAAAAAAAAAAAAAAAAAAAAAAAAAAAA